AUGUCUUUGUACCCGUGGCUGCGGAACGAGCACGGAGAGCGAAAGUCAGCAGGAGACGUGGAUGUCCAGAGGUACGUGCCGCUGCUGCUGACCACACACGGCGCAAAUUGCACCUCGCGGGAUGCUUCCCCGGAGGCUGCUCAGGCGCCCCGCUCCUCUUUCCACCUGAGCGUCACUGCGGAGGAGUCUUUGGCGCGCUUCCCCUCCGAUUUUCACCUGGAACCGGACAAGAAAAUAGCAACAGCCCUGGCGACGAGGGCACCGCGCCGGGCACGGCCCCGCCGCUCCCACUGCCCACGCCGAGCGGCCGGGGAGCAGCGCUGCGCCCCGCAGGGGCCGCACGCAAAAAGUGCGGACAGCGCUUUGCUUGCUCGUGAGCAAGAGACCGCGGCGCGGGGCGAGCGAGCAGCAGGGGCAAGUUGCAAGACUGCCGCAAGGAAGAGUUACAAUCUGGUGAAGAGGAAGCUAAACAAGACGGUGCGUGUGGCGCGGCUGCGGGAGGAAGAGAUGCUCCGUGACUCCGCUUCGGCCCCGGAGCGCAGCGGCCCCAUUGCCAGCCUCUGGCUCCGGCUGGUCCGACUCCGGCCCCGGCCCCAGGCCCGCCUCCGACUCCGACUCCGACUCCGGCCCCGGCCCCGGCCCCGGCCCCGGCUCCUCCCGGGACCCGCCGCGGACACAGACGGCGCGGCCGCUCCCGCCGCGUCCGCGGCGUCUUCCCCGGUCCGAGCUCUUCCGCUCGGCAGCGCGGCCCCCGCCCCCGAGCCGCCGGUGUCCCCUUCGAAAGAGGCAACAUCUGGGGAUACCCGGCCCGGGGCGGUUGAGGAGCGGCCGCGGGCCGUUUCUGGAGCCGGGCCGAGCGCUGACAGCCGCGUGUCGCCGGCAGGGAAGGCGCAGCAGGGCCUGACGGAGCGCUACCGGGUGGGCUCGCUGCUGGGGCGCGGCGGCUUCGGCAGCGUGUUCGCGGCGACGCGGCUCUCGGACGGCGCCCCGGUGGCCAUCAAACGGGUGCCACGGAACCGCAUCCGUCAUUGGGGCGAGCUGCCCAACGGCACCAGCGCACCACUCGAGGUCGUGCUGCUGGACAAGGUGUCCACCGGCUUCCCUGGUGUGGUGCAGCUCCUCGAGUGGCUCGAGCUCCCCAACAACGUGGUGCUGGUGAUGGAGCGGCCGGAGCACUCUCAGGACCUGCUUCGUUUUAUUCGAGAGCGGGGCUUCCUGUCAGAGGAGGUGGCACGGGAGCUCUUCCGCCAGGUCCUGGAGGCCGUGCGGCACUGCACCAGCUGCGGGGUCCUUCACAGGGACCUGAAACCAGAGAACAUCCUGGUUGACCUGGCCACCGGCCAGGCCAAAUUGAUUGACUUUGGCUGCGGCACCCACCUGCAAGACACAGCCUACACCCGCUUUGCAGGAACACCAUCGUACAGCCCCCCGGAAUGGAACCACUUUGGCUGGUACUACGGCGAGGCAGCUACCGUCUGGUCCCUGGGCAUCGUGCUGCACCAGAUGGUCUGCGGGCAGCACCCGUUCCCGAAGGGCCGGAACAUCAGCUGGGGCCAGCUGUCGCUCCCACAACGGCUCUCUCAAGACUGCAAGGAACUCAUCAGAUGGUGUCUGUCCCUGCACUCCUUGGACAGGCCCUCAUUAGAAGACCUGUCGUGUGAUCCUUGGCUGCAGGAUAUUCACCAUCCGUAGAAGAAGGGAGAGAGCCACAGGCACACUUUGAUCCAGGGAGCCGCCGGGGCCCUGGGCGGGGCACUGACAGCCUGCUCUCAGCC